CAGAACUGAAAAUUGUGUUUAGCGUUCAAGUGUAAAUUCUUAUGUAUAUUAAGUACGUACUUUAAUAUAAGUAUAUUAAAUUUGUUUUAAUUAAGUUUUUAAUAUAAUUGAAUUUAUUUUGAAAUGGCUGGUAAAAGGCCUGCAACUACAGAUUUAAACCAUGAUAACUGGGAUGAUGAAGAAAAACCUGAAGAAGCAGGUACAUUUAAAAAAGCUCCUGAUGAUGUAAUGGAAAAACGUAUUGUUAAAAAAGCUAAAAGACGUUUACAAAAUACAGAAGACACUACCAGAAGUGCAUUUGGUACAUUUACAGGUUUUAAAACAACAACUUCAACAAAUGCUUCACCAUUUAGCUUUUUAGCUAAUAAUAAUACUAUAAAUACUAAUGAUACAUCAUCUAAGACAAUUACAAAUAUAAACAAGUCUUCUUCAAAUAAUGAAACUGCAAAAACUAAUGAAAAUGGAACAAACAAAAAAGAGAAUACAGAAAUACAAGUAUCAUCACCUACAUGUAGUAGUAAAAAUAGUAUUUCUGAUCAAGAAGAUCAAAAUACAUUAAAAAAAUCUUCUGAUUAUUUUGCUAAAUUAAAAGGAUUAAAUGAAAGUGUUGCACAAUGGAUUAAAACUCAUGUUGAUGCAAAUCCAUUUUGUAUUUUGACUCCAAUUUUUAAAGAUUAUGAAAAGUAUCUUAAAGAAAUAGAAAGUAAACAUGGAAAUGAAAUUGAGAAAUCUUCGCAAGCACAAUCUAUACACAGUAGUGAUAAUAAAGAAUCUACAAACACAGAAAAAAAACUUGAAAGUUCUCCAUUUGGAGUAACAAAUUCAAAAUCUCCUUUUAGUUCAACAGAAUGGAAACCUGAAAAAUCAAUUUUUGGCAAUAUUAGUGCAAGCUCUAAAUCUAUAUUUAGAAAAUCAGAACAUACUACAGAUACGGGUAAAUCUAUUUUUAGUAAUACAGAUCAAAGUUCAGACAUACAAAAAUCUGUUUUUGGUAAUAUUGAUCAAAAAUCUGGUAGCAAAAAUAUAUUUGGAAGUUCAAAUUCUGAAAAGAAUCCAUUUUUAAGUAAACCAUCUAUUGCAUCUGAUAAAUCAGAUGAGCAAGAAACAAAAUUGGAUUCAAAAUCUACUACUGUAACUACUAGUACUGCUAGUACCACUACUACUAUUGCUAGUUCGUUUGCUACAACAAAUACAACAACUUUCUGCUUUGGUCAAAGUUCUGCUACUAAUAAUACAUCAACUGGUUUUAGUUUUGGAAGUACAAAACCAUUUACAUUUGGAGCUCAAGUGGUAAAGCCACAAGAACCUGAAGAUAGUGAAGGAAAGGAUGAUGAAGAUGAGGAACCACCAAAAGUAGAAUUCAAACCAGUUAUAGAAGAAGGUGCUAUAUAUGAACAAAGAUGUAAAGUUUUUGUUAAAAAAGAUGGUAAUUUUACUGAUAGAGGUGUUGGAAUGUUGUUUUUAAAACCAACUCCAAAUGAAAAAACACAAUUAUUAGUACGUGCAGAAACUUCUUUGGGGAAUUUAUUGCUCAAUACUUUAUUAACAGAAAGUAUACCAACAAAACGUAUGAAUAAAAAUACAAUAAUGUUGGUUUGUUUACCUUUACCUGAUUCUACACCACCUCCAGUACCAGUUUUAUUAAGAGUAAAAACAGAUGAAGAUGCAGAUAAAUUAUUAGAAGCACUUAAUAAACAUAAAAAAUGAAAAAAAAAAUAGAAAUUAUAAAUAAGUAAUUAUAAAUGCCAUUGAAAAAAGAAAAAACAAAAUUGUGUUGAAUAGUAACCAAUAAUU